AUGCGCCUGGACCGCGGCACCGGGUCUUCCGAGGGCAUCCCGAUCGCCUGGGGGCAGUUCGACGAUCGCAUCAACAGCACGGGGUGGUCUGAGCUCCGGCUCUACACGACAGACUACGAGCAGGUGUCAAACGAUGUGAAAAUGUACGCUGCGGGCUUCACGGAGGGCGUCCUCACCUCUCGGCGCCUCGGGCAGUACUUCCGCAAUUUCGGCCGGCUGCUCGCGCACUACGACAGCACGCACCCCGCCAUGGGCGGUGUGCGCGCCGCCCUGAGCCAGGAGCUCGACCACCUGCGGGAGAAGACGAACCUGGUCGGGCACGCCAUGGUGGACGAGCCCGCGGAGGCAUACUGGAGGCACGCGCGCUACGUGCUCCUGCAGCUGUGGGGCAUCUGCGACGGCUUCAACGCCGCGGCGCUCUCCGUGGGUGCCCCCGUGCUGGCGCUGGAGGACCUCGUGAUCAUCAACUCCGCGGGAGAGCUCCCGCAGCUCCUGCAGGCCUACAGCCCGGAGGCGCUGGCCUGGCCCCGCCCUGGCUGCGCGCGGGGCCCGGCGCCCGCGCCCGCGCCCGCGCCCGCGGAGACGAUGGCGCAGGCGCUGGCGCCUGGGCCGGCCGGGCCCUCGCUCCUGCAGAGGGCCCGGGGCCUGGGCCGCCUAGCCGGCGGCGGCGCUGCCGGCCACGCGCCCGCCGCAGCGCCCGCGGGGGACCCGCUGGACGACGCGCACUGGGAGCGGAGAAUGAUCGAGGGCGGCCGCUGCUCGGCCUUCGUGCGGCUCACGGGCGACGGCGCGGACAUCCUCGUCGGGCACAGCACGUGGGACGACUACAGCAAGAUGACGCGGAUCUUCAAGUACUACAAGUUUGACCUGCCGGGUGCCGAGACUGUGGCCUCCCUCAUCGCCUUCUCUGCGUAUCCUGGCGCGCUGUCCAGCACCGACGACUUCUACAUCACAGACAGCAAUCUGACCAUAAUGGAGACGUCCCUGGAAGUGCUGGAUCCUGCUGCGUGGGGCAGGAUCAUGCGCUUCCCUGACCACCCGCACAUCCCGAAUUUCGUUCACAUCAUGGCCACCAACAGGUUGGCGAGGAGUGCGCCCCACUGGUCGUGGCUCUUCACCUCCACCAACAGCGGCACGUACACCUCGCAAUGGAUGGUGGUCGAUUACAACAAGAUGGAGCGUCGUGGCCCGUUGACCAACACAACGCUGCCGGCGAACACCUUCUGGGUCAUCGAGUCCGUCCCAGGCGCAGUGGAAAGCCACGACAUGACCAGGCUCCUCGAGAGGCUGAGGUACUUCCCCUCGUUCAACAGGCCCCUAUUCCGCAAGACGCGGGAGAUCACGGGAUUCACCUCCGCGGAGUUGUCGCACGGAGCCCUGUACAGCUGGGGCCACAACCCGCGCGCCCACAUCUUCCGGGCCGCGGCGCCAGAGGUGGAGGCUCUCUACGACAUGAGGCUGCUGAUGCGGCGCAACAGGUACCCGCUCACGGGCGCGCAGCCGAGCUCCGCGGGCCACGACAUCUCCGCCCGCUUCGACCUCCUCCCCGUCGGCGGCGUGCCCAACGGCGGCAUCGACGCGAAGAUCGUCAACCGCUGCCUGCUGAAGAAGCUGGAGGUCCAGGCGGUCAGCGGCCCCUCGCACGACGCGCUGCCGCCCUUCCGGUGGCGCGGGGAGGGGGGCGCCGAGCUGUGGCCGGGCUGGCCGCACGACGGGCUCCCCGACGUCUGGGACUUCGGCUUCGUGCAGAUGACGCCGUUCGGCAUGGCGGAGGUGAAGGACCUCGAGUUGUGCGAGGCCCCGUGA